GUAGCCCCACGCUGCCGGAACCCCGCUGCCUGCGCCAGCCCGGCCGGCCGCACCCGCCCUGUCGCAGAACUCCGCAGCCACCCCCCGGGAUCCUCGUCACGUGCGCCCAGGCCGCGGAGCAGGUCUGCUAGGCUUCCUUGUUCCGGUGGCUCGACGUCCUUUCCAAAGAUAAGGGGAAUAAAGAAGCCACCUCCCCAGCUGUCAUCAUCUGGCAGCAGGUUGAGCAAGACUGUUGUGAGCACUGCAGAGAAGACGACCCAUCAAACCUUCGACGAUGAGCAUCCCUGUGACGUGUUCACGAAAAGGAAUAGGAUGAGUGACUCUCAUCAGAAAAGCAGCAGUAUGAAUGCUGGCUCAUCUUGGAAUCAAGCCCAACAUUUAAGGACUUCUUCAGGACGAAGGCAGAGUAAGAGUAGAUCUCAAGGACCCCACAUCUCUUCCCACCUGGGAGGGAGCAGCCUCCUUGGCCUCUCCCAGCCUGCAGCGGAUAAACUCAUGGGAGCCAUUUCCACGGAGGGAAGGCAGGAGCAGACUGCGCUUAGCUCCAGGUGUCAGGCUGCCUCUGGACACAAGCUGUUCCUUGACUUUCAGUCCAUGAAGAUCAUUAAGGAAGGCGCCGAUGAGGACAGCGCAAGUGACCUGUCAGACUCAGAACGAGUGGCCAUUCCUCCUUCUCCCUUCACGCCUCCUGACCUCAACCUUCGAGCAGAAGAGAUCGACCCGGUUUCCUUCAGUCUUCACCCAGACCCGAGCCAGGCAGAAGCUGAACACUGCUACCCUGACUUUCUUCCACCCCCGUUCAGCUCCUGGGACCUCCAGGAUAUGGCUGUGGUUCUGAACACAGAAUGCCGGAGUGAGGCCCUGCCUCGGGCCACGGGCUUUCUUGGGAAGUACAUAGACAGACUUCUUCAGCUGGAGUGGCUGCAGCUCCAAACUGUGCAGUCUGAGAAGGCCCGGGCUGCCAAGGCAAGGUCCUCUGGGGCUUCUGGGAUGCUGAAAAGCCCUAGGCGGGGUAAGCUCCCCACCAGUGCGCUGUCCAAGCCUUUCCUGUCCCCAGAAGGGAUUCCAAAGCCCGGCCCUUCUCGAAAGAAAGGUUUGCAGUAUGAAGAUGCCCACCCGUCCUACUACGCAUUUGAGACUUCAUCUAGAUCUGUGGAUGGGCCUGCUCGCCCCAGGCUGUGUUCUCAGAAACAAGGCCCAGAACUGAGGAUGGAAAAAAAGAAGAAAUCAGGUAAGGGCCCCAAGUUUCACCUCCGCGCUCCACCCUGUGCGGAGGGCAGCCCUGCAAUGGAAGCCAACGGUAACAUUCGAAUUCCCAAGCAGUCCGCAGUGCUUCUGGACCCAAUGGACUCCUGUAGGGCCUCCAGAGCACAAGCACACUUGGACCUGAAGAAAAAGGGGAGUGCAAAUAACUGUGGACCUGCUUCUUCUUCCAGUGAGAAGAAGCUCAAAACAAAUGGAGCAAAGCAAAGCACAUAUAAGUUCAAGUGACCCCUGAGGUAAAGAAUCGCAAAGACCCGCAGAUGUCUAAAAGUGGGGGUUCGUCCCAAAGUAAUGGUGAAUUUAAAUCCGUUUGUGAUAACUGAGUCAAGUCGCCGGCUGGCUCUCUAGUCACCCACCCCACCCCACCCCACCCUCGCCUCUUGAUAUACAGUCUAGUCUUAAGCACUUUAGGGUAAAAGUGAACUCGUGUGUCUGUGAUACAAAAGUUUGAAACAGCAGGGCCAGUAAGCCAGUGUGGAACCGGCCCAGUGUCCCUGUCUCUGGAGUACGGGAAACAGUGUGUACUGUUCUUGGAGAGAACCCUGUGUCUCACAGAAGAAAAGCCCUGCUGGCUCAGUGCCUCUUGGUUUUGCAUAAACCCUCAGCAGAGUUUCUGUUGUGAGUCUUUCUCUCAUCUGUUGCCCACCCUCCUCCGAGCCUAGUUCCACUCCAGUUAGGGGUCACAUGAGUUUCUAUUUUGAGUGUCAUUUAUCUCUCAGCCAGUUCCUUGCCAGAGGCAAAGGCAUCUAGAGUGCGUCUCUGGUGCGUUUUUAAAAGACAUUUUAAGUCCAGGGGUAGUGCUGUAGCCUGUGUCUGAGUUCUCUUACCUGAAGUUAAAAUCAUUUGUAAGUUUUCCAGAGGGAAAGUCAGCAGGCCCAGCAGUGGCUGCUGCUGUCUGGUGAGGCAAGAAAGAAUGCCCUGGCACCCUAGACCUCUGGGUAACCAUGCACGGCGUGUGGGAAUGUACUCCAGUGUAAAUUGUCAGGUUACUGACUAGGGACCCAUAUCCUGCUGUUGUAGGUUAAAGCCAAUGGUCUAUUUCUGUGUCUAGGAGCAGGGUCUUCUAAUCGUGACUGGGGAGGGAGCAGACACAUUUGCUCUGUGUGUGCGUGCACUAUCCUGAGUGUUCUUAUCUGCUUGUGGCUUCCUGGCUCUCCCACAGCCAUCCUCCUCAGCUGCCUUUGAGUCUUGCUGCCUUCCACGUGUUUCUGCAAACCUUUCCUUGGCUGCUGCUUCUCAGACAGUGAAACCAUUAUUGGACUUGUCUUGGGCACUCAUGAGUUUUUUGGGUUGUUUGUUUGUUUGUUUGCUUUGCUUUGCUUUUUCACCUUUGGGGAAAAGGACAAAGGUAGUUUGUUGCAGCUGGAGCUUCCACAUAGCUGAGGAAUGGGACAAGGUUAUCCUUAAACCAGCUGCUGAGGUCAGAUGUCAAGCUCUCUCCAUAAGGCUGAAGUCAGCCAUGUUGAACAACACAGGAACUUUUUUUUCUUUAGCCUUUUCCUUUCAGGACUUUAUUUUCAGAUUCUUUUUGCACUGCCCUCCUGGAGAAAUCAUGUUCUUACAUGGAGUUCUCAUGCCUUAACUCAUGUUUGUUUGUUUGUUGUUGUUGUUGUUGUUUGGGGAAAGGUUGAGACAGGGUUUCUCUGUGUAGCCCUGGCUGUCCUGGACUCGCUCUGUAGAGCAGGCUGGCCUCAGACUGCUAGAGAUCCACCUGCCUCUGCCUCCUACUUGGUGGGAUUAAAGGCGUGCACCACCAGCUGUCUCAUGCUUUUUUCUGUAGCCAAAAUCUGCAUACUUUGUUGGCUGUCCACGGAUGCACUGUCCACGUUUGCGCGUGGUGUGCGCCUUGGUUUGGGAGGACAGUGCCACCCCUCACCCUCUUCCCUCCCCUGAGUGAGUGAGUGAGGCCGUGUGGGUCCACUUCCCUACUCCUUGGAGCACAGAUGAUUUUUACCGUAAGUGGCUCCUUUCUCAUUCUUUCUCCAGAUUUUUAUGCGGAUCUUUAGGAAGCUGCAGGUCCCGUAAGAGGAAGCAUGACAGACAUUAUAUGCACAUAUGUACUUAGAUGCUCCUUGGAGCAGUACUGCCAGGUUCCCUUUCCUGUCACCUACCGUGUGGGUGCUCCUAGAUACCCUGGCACGUGAGAGUCACAUUUCUUUUCCCCUGGGGAUGUGUGUCGGACUGAAACUCACAACGGAAAAAAUGUAGCGAUGGCGCCUCAUGUGUUUGUUCCCAGCACACUAAUGGAAGUUGACUCCUGGUCUGGGGACUAGAAGAGGCCUGAAGGGGUGACUUCUUUGCCUGAGUUGAGUGCCCAUGUUAAACAGUAUUAUGUUCUAGGACAGGGUGCUACUGAACAACACGGUUUUUUUACAGUUACAUUGGCUGCAGCUGAUGAAACACAGCUUUUUCUUUGGUCUCUAAAGACAUAUCCCACGCAGGCAAGUGGACAGCAUUGAACACUGAACUGUGAACUCCUUCAGUUCAAGGUCAAACCAGAGUAUCCUGCUACAGGGGCAAAUCGGUGUGCUUCCGGGAGCGCCUCUCAUCUCGUAGAUGUUUACAUAGCUCCCAGGUCCAGUCAAACACAAGAUCUGGAGGAAAACAGUGUCUGGGGCUUGAGUGACACCCGUUUGUGGAGAAAGAGCACAAAGCCCUCUAGGUCAUCACUGAUGGCGUGGCUUUGGACUGUUUCCCAGAUGACCAAUGUAACUGACUUGAAGGUUAUAGCAUUCCUGGCUCCCAGACUGCGGGAGAGAUGGUCGAUACCAUUGGUCUUCACGGAAAAGGAAAGUUUGUUUGGAUCCUUUGUCCUCUUGGGCUCCUGUUCUAGAAAGACCUAAGAGCUUCUUACAUGGUUUACAUGUGUGUUUGUCAUUCAUAUACUUGAACAGUUAGGUAGAAGUCCAAACCCUGGCGGUAGUGCAUCCAAGGUAAUAGCAGUAUUUAUUGUUUAAUUGUGUGACCUGAAUAUAUUCAGCAUGUUCAUUGAAUGUCAUAAUGCUGUCUGUUUGGUUUUGUAUGUGGCAAAACAGAACUCAUGUAUAAGUUUUUGUGGGACUUUUCCUUCCUUCAGCCCAAUUAAACAGGACACAUACCUGGA